AUGGAUCUUCAGUCUCCGUCGGUACUGGCCCAGUUGCCGCGCCCUUUGCACGCGUCCACCGGAAAGACUCACAUUGGUGAUGUCUAUAGCUUGGCCGAGUCGAAGAAGCGAAAGAGAUACGAGGUGGUUGUUGCGGUUGACGGAGAGGCUGUAAACAUCUAUAAUGUCCAAACGCCUAAACUCGUCACUUCCUACGCCGUCCCGCCGCAAUCUACCUUCUCCUGCCGUCCAUGCUCAGUGCGCAGAAAAGUGCCCGGAAAGUCGACCGUGAAAAGACAGACAUUCGGUGCCGUCAGCCGUCCGGAACAGCAGAUCAAGUCUUUCGUGGAGGAAACCGGCGGGAACGAAUCGAGCGCGCCUGAAAUUUCUUCCUCGUCCUUUACCGUGACCGACUCGAAGAGCCCGACAGUCUUCGUCGGCAUUGUCCCAUCUGGCUCGAAGGAGGGCGACGAGAAUGACCCGUUUGAUAUUCUGAAUGUUCACCAGGACGGCCGUAUCCGAAGAUUGACGUCUGACCUCAAGACGCAGCGGUGGAACGUUCAGCACAGCGAGAUUGCCAAAACGGCCUCCACCCACGAGGUACAUUCGUGCUUCUUGGUGGAAUUCGAGGAUGCGAAGAAGGCGCUGUUCAAGAGAAGACAGGAUCUGGCAGCUUUGGCCCUAGGUGAUCUUACAAGCUCCGGUGUCGAUGAGCCGUCUGUCUUGCUGCUCGUUUCGCACCCUACUGGAUCGGAGCGGGUUGCUCUGAAGGAUGUCAAAGUGCAGAUGUUUUCCGUCCCAUCUGCCGUUUCGUCAGGAGGAGCCCUUGACGAGAGCCAGCGAUUGAGGCACCUGCUGACUAUCGACAUCCCCGACGUGACCGGUCAAGAGACGUUUGACAGUAACGGACUCCAGUGGAACUUCCACUCGGGCUCAGCGGGCUUGAACCUGUCCUUCGAGCGAGGAUUCAUCAACUUCGAUCUUUCUCAGUACACGCCUACGGUGACAUCGCAAUUUAUUCUCGAUACCGAACGCUUCUCAUCGGUCAUGCGCAUCUCGCCUCAAUCGGUUAUUGGCGCAGGAGAGUCGCUGGUUGCGCUUUACGACACGCAGUACCAAUCCAUCCAGCGCAGCAUUGCGGUGGACAACGUGCCUCCGACAAGCGGUUCAGCACCAACCCUGUUCCUCGGGUACUUCGCAAAGCUCGGAAUCGCCGUGGCAACAAAGGGAAACACACUGCUUGCAUUCGAUCUUAGCACAUCGCAACCGCCGUCCGGACCUUCUCUCAAGCGCCCCAGGGACGGUCUCUUGAUAGACGCCAUUGGUCGUGGUAUUGGCUCAUCGGCAGCACAAUGGGAUGCAGGGUCCAAGAAGCACCGCACCGAAUCCAUGGCAAUAUUGGGUCUCACUUCGCCAGAGCAAGUCGAACGCUGGAACAACUUCACCGCGGAACUCGACAAAUUCACCCAAGCCAAAGACACAGCAGGCUUCGACCGCGCAGUACAAGACUACUUUGGCACUGGUGAGUCCAAGACCCUGCCCACGCCCGGCCAAUUCGUCCACCCCGAGACAACCCUAUUCCUGCUCUCCAAGAUCUUCUCGAUCAAGGAAACCGAGACCAACGACAAACUUUCCGCCUCUCCAUCCCUCCGCCUGACUGUCAACCUCUGGCCCAAACAAACCUGCGACUGGCUCGUCCGUCUGAGCCAUCUCUCUCUGAACAACGUCGAAAUCGCCCUCCGCCGCUCCUUCAAGCCUCGCAUCCUCCCCGCCCUGCCCACAGGCUCGUUCGUCCAGGCCCUCAUCGACGCAGAUCAAUCCCUCCGCAAUAUCAUCCAAUCCAUUCGCGGACCCGUCCUCAUGAACCCCGACGAACUCGCCUAUGCACUAAAGUACUUCCUCAACAUGGCGCGCUCUCGCUCCUCAGUCCCCGCCAUCACCGACACCACCACUGAAAACAACGACAACGACAACACACCACCCCUAGCAACCCUCUUCCUGGGCCUCAACACCACCAUCCAAAAACUCCACGCCAACCCCGCCCCAGCCACAACAUCGGCCCUCCGCUCCGCCCUCUCCCGCCCAGAACUCACCUCUCUAAUCCACCACCUCCGCAUCUCCCUCGCAACAGGCGGCUUCACCUCGCGCUUCACCGAAAAGCCCCCCGUCCCGAUCCUCACGGACCAAACCCGUCCCGCCCUCUCCCUGACCACAAUCACGGACACGCUCAUCGCGGCUGUGGACGCCAUUGGACCAUCCGGGUGGAUCGCAGCCGCGGGAUCAUUGUCCCUCUCCGCAGACGGCAACCCAACCGGUGAAGAACAGAGCCUGAUCGCAGAUAUCAAAUCCGAAGUGACCGCCGCACUGGCAGGCGUGCAAGAAGCCACGUACAUGAAGGGCGUUCUCCGCGAAUACCUCCGCUUCACAGAAACCAUCACAACUCCCAAGCCCAACAAACAAAACACCACCAAUAACAAAUCCACAGCCCUCAUCCCCACUGACGACACCAUCACCGCCACAGAAGACGACGCAUCCUCCUCCCUAAUCCGGCACGAAAAGAUCAACGGCGCAGACCUCCUCGUCUACACUGCCGCCGGCGCCGACGGCACCGGCGAAGACGGGUACAUUGACGGCGACGCAGGCGCGAACCGUAUGCUGCCGUUGUCGCUUAAGGCUGCGUCCGCGGAUGUGGGUAAGACGAAGGUGAAGCAGUCGACGGGUGAGGUGAAGAAUAGGAGUCAUCGGGAGAUGGGAUAUUUGCGGCGCAAGGCUGUUGGGAAGUAUUCGUUUGAGAGGCUUAUUGUAUAA